GAGUUUUUUUUUACUCAGAAGUACCACUGCAGGUGUUCUUUUGUGCAUUAGCAACAAAAACUUAAUUUGAGCCUGAGAGGGUUAAUGACUUUUACAAAACAAGAAUUGGGACCAUAAUCUUGAAUUCAUUUUAGAUUUUCCUCAAAUCAACACGGUCAAAAUUAAACACACAAGGUCAAAUAUAUGCAUUUACUCCCACUAAUAUUAAUCAAUCUAUGUAUGUAUUAAUGUAUUAAAUAAUACUUAUUAACUAUCCUUUAAUAAGUUGCAGUUCAACUACACUUUUAUUAGGCAUCAACAAGCUUCUGGCAUAAUUCUGGGGGAAAAUUUGACGACUCCUCUUGGCAGAAUUCAUUGAAGUUGGUUGGUUUCCUGGCACAGAGCUGGCUUUUAAGCAUAGUCCACACACAGUCAAGCAUGAUGGUACCACCGCCAUGCUUGACAGUUGGUACAGUGUUCCUAGGUCUGAAAGCUUCACUGUUAUUCCUCCAAACAAAGCUCUUGUCACUGUGGGCAAAUAGCUCAGUCUUUGUCUCAUCUGACCAUAAAACUUUUAAACAGAAGGUAUUUAGAAUUUAGUUUGUCCAUGUGGGCAACUGCAAAAUUCAGCUGAGGCUGAAGAUUCUAAUUUUGGAGCAGAGGCUUCUUUCUUGGUCAGUCGAUGGCCAUGCAAAACUUACUUCACUGUGGACAAUGACACUGGUGUUCCAGCAGUUUCCAGUUCAUGGAAGUCUUGAGCCUUGGUGGUUCCUGGCUUGUUCCUGAACAUCCUAGGCAGUUUGCUGUCAUAUAAGUGUGACAGUUUUGCUCUUCUUCCAGACCUUGGAAAAGUGAUGACCAGUUUGAAUAACUUGUAUUUAUGUACUUUUUAAACAGAUGAUUCUACAAUCUUACUGGUUAUGGAAGGAAUUUGUCAAAGCCCUGACCUCAGUGCAGGGAAACCACACAAGUUAAACGAACUCUACCAAUUCUGACAAAAUCAGUAAUCGAAUGUCCAGCCAGAAUUAUACCAGACGCUUGCUGAUGGUUAUCAAAAGCUGUAAUAAAACUUGCUAAGGACAUCUAGCCAGUAAUUAGAGGGUUUUCAUGUAUACUUUUGACCCUGUGUGUUUGAGAGAAAACACAAAAUAAAUUCAAGCAAAAUUUUCCCAUAGACAUCACAUCUUUAUGUAUGCAUAUAUUUAACCUGGCCAUGGCUGUGACAUUGAUGAAACUCAUAGCCAAAUAAAAGAGGCAACACAGUUGGUCUUAGCUGUGUAUUACACACAAAAAACGCAUCACAUUUAAACAUGUGUAGGCGGUUGUGACAAAGCCAGCAAUAUGUUCAUGUUGUCGUGCAGGUUUAACAUAUGUUUGUGCUCAGGAGUUGUGUAUUUGCACGUGUCUCUUUGGGAAAUAGCAAAUCCAAAAAUGUCUUGUUGGUGCUUACACCUCUUUGUGAACGAUUUUAGCAACUUCAUAAGGAUCCUGCUAUCUUUGCACGUUUGAGGAGGGCUGUGUGUUUAAUGUCACAGGAUGAAUGAGAAUGCAGUCAUUUUAAUUUUGCCAUCUGUUUGCCUAAAGAUCAAUUGACUUUAGUGAAAAUUUCAUGCCAUGCAUUGAACAAACAAUUCUUUCCUUGGCUCAGAGACCAAGAGUCCUGGAAAAAGAACACAUAAAGCCAAGUUAUCCACACACCUCAUAUAACUCAACUUGGUAUUUUGACAUCUUUGGGUUUAUUAUUAAAGCACCAAGUAAGGUCCAUGUUGUAGAGCUGAACUGAUUGCACCCAUGAUGUUCACCCAUCAGUCGAAGAUUGCUCUUUCUCUUGCUGGAAGAUUGCUUGCCACAAGGAUGUACCUUAGGAUUGACUUGGCAUCAUUGGAUUUGAUAGUCACCUUUUCAAAUCUUUCCACAUCCUCUGGCACAGCAGCAGUUGGCGAGCGCUGAUGAUUCACAAAUGACUUCGCAAUAACUGGAAAGCAGAAAACAAGAGCUGCAGAGAUGUGAUUACGUGGGAAGUCAGUGCAGGUGGCAGUAUUUUAAAGGUUAAAAAUGUGGGCUUUUAUUUGGAAAUGCUCUGAUUUGAAUCUGCAAAUCAGCAAGGAGGAAUAUGAGAUUGAGGGCGAAAUGAUGAGAAGCCUGUGACUGCUGUUGAUGUGCUCCUGCAGAUUUCAACCUAAAACAAAAAACUGGCACAGAAAUGCAGAGAUUUGCGGGCGGGCGCUACAGAUUGAAAAAGGCAAAUGACAUGGCGUAAAUAACAGGAGUGCUCUAAUCAUUUUUAGAGUUGAUUAUUUUGACUGAAUAAAUGUCACAGCUGAUGUGAUACUGAUGGCCAUUUCUGUAAUUUUAUCCAAAAACAAAAAAAAUCCAAAAGGUCCAAUUAUUUCUGAAUUUUUCUUAUAAAUUGAAUUUAUUGGGAAGCUGCAGUUAAUUACAUCUCCUGAUAAAACAUUCCUUCAAAGGUCAGCGACAGCAUCCUUCUUUUAAAUUAUACUGACAUGACAUCGACAUCACUUUAGACCAUCAGGCUUUCUUUAAUGCAGACCCACAGCUGUUGAAUAUUGAUCCAAGCUGCAAUCUCUGGGGCUAAAGAAAUGAAGCCAGUGUUGAGGUGAGUGAGUCACCAUAAAGCCCCAUGUUAAACUCAAAAUUUUGAAAAACACAUAAAUGUGUUACCUGCGUGGUACGAGAAAUAGCUUUUAUUUAUUUAUUUAUUUAUUUAUUUUUGUAGCUUACCAGUUAAAGUUUGCUAUAUCGAGGGUAUGACUGACACACAGCUGUAGCUGAAGCUUGUUCUCUUGAAGUAGAAAUAUUCCUCAAGGUCACUUCUGGAACACUUGCGUUGGUUGUUUUAAAUCAAAGACCAAUAUGGUUAUUUUGUUGGACGUCUAGUUCUAUCUUGGAUAUUUCACACGAUAAUCAAUAAACUUGACUUGAGGGAACAUCAUCUGUACCAAAUGUCUCGGUUUACUUAGCAGUUGGACUAAACUGAAGGACUUUCAAGCUGUCCUGACCAUCUCUAGAGAAACUUUUAACAUGACUAAAUAAAGUUCUUCCAGCAUUUGUUGUCAUUUGGAAAACUUGUAGCCUGCACAGGCUCCCAUCAUAUGCUUGGCAUUAGAACAAAAUGGCCUGCCUGGAUACAUCAAAGGCUCCAAAUGUAGCCAGCGACAUCAUUUUGAGUCCCUGUGCUGUAAAUGCCAAUGUGGAGGGAAAUGUGUAGCCGUGACUUAUAAUGUAGUCAAAACUCUGAAUGGAAAAUAUUUCUUUGGUUCAAGCUAUUUUUGAUCUUCUUUCUGAUCAUUUUUAAAACAUUUAUUCAAGUAAUAUUGAAUGCUAUCCAAUUCAAAGUGCUGCCAAACUGAUCGGGGAUAUUACACAGUAUUACUCAGACAAAGGUUAAAAAGUACGAAAAAUGGCUGUGUACACAUGACAGUCUGUUCCAGUCUGGCAUACUCCAAACCUCAUUGUCACCAUGCUUUGGCAUUAGACUCAGUAAGGUGGCACUGUGCACAUGUUCAGUUCUGUCCUCCUUGCUCAACCAUCCAUCAUCCCGUCACAGAAUACAAGACUUUCUCAGUAGCGCUCCUUACAAUGCAACACCCAGCCCCCCUCCCAGUUCUCCAUUUUCUCCUCCAGCCCUUCAGGAGUCUGGCUGUCACAGCAUGUUUCCUGUUACAACUCUUCUGAUUCCUUCCUCUCCUGUCAGCCCAAACCUCCCGUUAUCUAUCCAUCUGAAACACGAGCCGGUGUCUGCUCUGCAGCAGUUCAACUGGAAUUGGAGCUGGUUGCACUUGGUCAAGUUCAGACUGACAGGAAAGUGGUGGGAAGGUCUGGUAUACAUGGCGGUAUGAGAUGAACUCAUUUGACUUCAGAAAGAACUGGUUGCAUAAGAGUUGGGCUCUGAAUACUUUGUCUAUUAUCACGACUAAAACAUAUUUCCAUGUCAGUGUUUUGUUCCAAAUCGUCUGUCAAGCAAAAGUUAAAAAAAAUCAUCAUUAUACGUUUCUGCUUUGGCAACCGUAGUAAUGAAAUGAGUCAACGUGACUUUGUUCUUGAGUGGCAGACGGCAAACAGAGUUACAAAGAGCAAGAAACUGCAGGAAUCCCGCACCAAGGCAUAUUCAAGGUCUCUAUUAAAAUGCAGUCAUCUUCUGUUAUGUCACUUUAUAUACACAAGAAAAGCCAGUUCACUUAUGCUGGUCUUAAUGUUAUAAAAUUAUCAGUGCAAAGAAGCAGACACCCUGCAGGUCUAUCUGCACAAUCAGGAAGACAUACAUUCAAAUCUACGUUUAGGAAUCAAAUUAACAAAAUACUAAACUUUGAAUGUAGUCAUAAUGUAACAGUUAAUUGAAUUUCGGGCGGUCAGAUUGAGCACGUUCUUUUAUUACUAUGAAUUUCUAUUUGAGUGCUUUAACGAUAUUCAUAGUGUCCCUUUACAUUGAAACACUCAUGAAUAACUUAACAAUAUUAGGGUUACACUAUAAGGGCAUAAGGUUUAAUUACUCAGUCUUUGUUUCUACUACGAUACUGAGGAGCCUUAGUUAUCAUUGCUUAGGAGAAAACGGUUUGCAAAUGGAGCAGUAAUGUCAGAAGGGCUUUUCCAUCCACAGGAGCCUUAAUCUCAGGGAUGGGAUAGUUUCUGAGUUUUGACCUUAAAGAAAUAUUUCUGAGGGAAAAUACUAACUUAUUUCUUAGAUAAGAAGAUGAGCCUUCUCUCAUGUCAUGUGAAGCUUCUGUCAGCACCCUGGUCACUUAGCAUAUUGACUGAAAAUAGGGAAAAUGCUAGUGUGGCUCUGUCCAAUGAUAGCAUGCAAUCUCUUUAAAGAAAAAGAAGGAAAAGAGGAAAAACAUGUUGCAGCUUUGCAGGUGUUUAUUCUUCCACUGAGGGCUCCAUGCAAGUUGACUUCAAAUUUGAAAAUAAUUUCUGGGAAAUCAGCAAAAGGAAAAUUUGUUUUUAAAUGUGUCAUUAUGUACUAUUAUGUGAAUACCAUGAGCUGGUGCAUUGAGAUAAACAGCUGGUGACACUGAUUGUUCAGUCAGGUGCCAUUAAAUCUGUGCUUAAAAGGGCACAGCCAUAUAAUAUAAGAGAGGGGCAGAUAAAUGGCAAAUUAGAUGAAUAAUUACAUUGUAAACAACAUUAAAAACAUGUUUCUAAAACACCAGUUUCAAAAUGUUGGGGCAGUAUGUAAAAUGUAAAUGAAAAAAAUAUAUAAUGACUUGCAAAUUUUAGAAAUCCACAUUUUGGUCACAAUAGAGCAGAGAAAACAUUGAAUGUUUUCUCUGCUCUAUUGUCCCGUUUUAAGAAAAAUAUUAGAUUAUUCUGAAUUUACUUUUCUGCAAUAGCUCUCUGUGUUUCCCAUCAAUUCCAUGUUUCCCACUGUGUAACAUCCACUCUUCUUUUAACAACAAUUUAUAUAUACAUUCUGGAUUUAUCUGUGAAUUUAUAAGAGCAAUGUUGCCCACUGUUGUCAGAUCCUUUGUUUAUUGUCCCUGUAACAGUCCUGUGUCUUCUUUGUUAAAUGUCUACAGUUGGUGAAACGUCUGGACUCAAGGCCGGACAGUUCAGCACCUGGACUUUUCUGAUACAGUGAUGUGGUCUUUAGCAUUGUCUUGCAAUGUGGAAUCCCUUUUAAAGCAUAUGUUGCUCUAAAACAAACCUUUCCGCAUUGACUACAAUCUCAUAGGCACUACUGUACUCUCACACCAUCAAAGAUGGGAGCUUUUGAACUCCUCUUUAAUCCAGAGGAUGCACAUUCAGUGUUUUAGAAAAAUAAUUUAAAUUCAUCUGACCACAGAACAGCUUUCCACUUUGCAUCAGUCCAUUUUCAGCGAGCUUAUAGAUGCUUGCAAACAGCCGAAGUUGGGUUAGCAGCAUAAUGCUGUUGUUACUGUCCUGGAUGCAGUUUGCACUUUACCAUCGUACUCUCUUCCUUUUAUGCAAUAAAAAUAAAAUUAAUAUUAGAUGCUCAUAUCCACACUUACAGCUCUACUAUUUUCCUCCCCCAGCACAAAAACUGAAAUCAGCUGAUUGCAGCAUGAAUUCGAGUGGAACUGAUGAGCAGAAUCAAUGGGCAAGCAGACCCACAAUUCCAGGGAAAUGAACGCUUACCCGAUUCCCAUCCCUAGUGACAGAGCUUAAACCUGCAUUUGUGGAUGGCAUAGUGAGCGUUGACACAAUGAUUUCUGGGAGUUUUCCUGAGCCUAUGUAGUGAUUUCCAUGCAGAGUCGUUGCUGUUUUUACUGAUUUUUGUGAGAUUCUCCAUAUUUUGGGAAUCUUUUGAUGAUUUAUCAUGUGCUGUAGAUAGUGAAAUAUUCAAAUUAUUUAUAAUUUUAUGCUGAGGAACAUUAUUCCUAAAUUGUUCCACAGUUUGGUGGAUCUCUGUCUUUUACACUUGGUAUACACCUAAUGUUACUGACCUGUUGCCGUUUAAUUUAAUUAGUUACAAAAUGUUCCUCGAGUUGUUUCUUUUUAAUGUCACAUAAUUUUUGAGGUCUUCCAUUAGUGCACAUUAGGACAAGGUGUUAAAAUUGAGGCGAUGCAAUUAAUACACUUUAUACUUGUGGAUUUUUAAUACUUAGAGUUGUCUCCAAUUUAUUAAACUCAGUUUCUGUCAUCAUCAAGACAUUACUGCCACGCUAACAAAUUUCCAUGGGGUAGGGAAUUUGAAUUUUUUUCUGCUCAUUGACUCGAGACCAAUGUCCAUACAUCCAUUUUCGUCACUGCUUAUCCAGUUCAGGGUCACGGGGAGCUGGAGCGUAUCCCAUGACCCCGAGAAAGGUCACCAGAAGCUAAUGUUUCCACCUGAUUUUAACAUCUUCUUUGGCUGAUGAUAAUGUACAGACAAUCCAGCUUGGUCAGGGAUUAAUCUAAGGACUAAUGACUGACCUACCAGCAUGAUGGUCGGGACUCAUGUCAAGUAUUUGAACCACAGAGGAGUUACAGUAUCUUUCCUGUUUCCCAUUCCUCAUUCUAAGCUAAACAUCUUCUGUUAGUAACCUUCUAUGUAUAAGAAAUAGUUUUUCUCAUUUAACUAUCAGCAAAAAAGUGAAUUUUUAUUCUUUUAAUUUUUCUUUGUAGUAAUUGUUACGCCUUGGGCAUUUUAUCAAAGAACCAGAUACUUUCUCGCACAGCUGUUUAUCACCUAUAUUUCUGAUUCAUCUCAGAUGGCCCAUGUUUCAAAAAUGAACACCCCCCACUGAAUCCUGGGGCUCAUUUUACAACAGUAAUUCGUGAGCAAUGCUGACAUGCAGGAACAGGGAAAGUGUAAAGAUUAACACAAGGAGGAAAAUAUCUCAUAUCGCUGAAGUUUGUUUUUAAAAAAAGGUGAAAGAAAUCUGUUUCACUUUUAAGAACUUCAUGAGCCACUUUAGAAACAACAACCUCAAACUAUCUUGCGUAGCUACAGGCCAAACAGUAUGAACACAAUCUGAUUAAUGCUUUUUGGGACACAUUGACUUCCUGACUUGCUUACAUAUGGAUUACUCGGGUAUGAUUUUGCACAUUUACCAGAGUUGUAAAAGCUUCCAAUUUAAAUGUUGGUUUUAAGCAGAUUUGACACAGAAAAUGAAAGGUAAUGGGAAAAAUGUGCACAAGAGAAGGCCGUGGAGAUCCAUGCAGCAUAAGAAAAAGAAGAAGCAAUGGAUGAAAGGAGAGUACAGAGCGAACAGGAGGAGGAGAAAAGGAAAAGAUUACUACCAUAGUACAUCAGGCUUAGCUUCACAUCCUUAAUGGUAACUAUGGAAAUAAUUAUAGAGCAGACAGACAGACUGCUAGAGAGAGUGUGAGCUUCAGAGAAAGAGAAGGAGAAAGGGAGGGCAAAAGACAACGGGAGAGGAGAAGAAAAGGAGAACUAUGGGGGGUAAAGUAGCUGAAAAUGUUUGCUGGAAUCCCUAAACUGUGUCUCUAAUGAUUGGUGAUUGCUUAAAGAUCAGAUGCACAGGGAUGACGUGUAGGUUAAACCCUCACAAAGCCAGUUUAACCGCCUUCUUACAGCAGCUGCAGAAUAUGCUGUGACAUCUUUUAUGCCUUAUGUUAAUCUUUCCUUUGAUAUGAAACUGCAAGAUAUCUUAGGUGGGGGGGAAAAGCAUCAACAGCAUGGAGGUCAUAUUAUUUUUAUCCACCGUUAUAUCUUACCAGCGAUAAGGGGGCUCUAGCGUGGUGAGUACAGCAAUAGUACAGUGUCAUAAUAAAACGGUGCUUUAAAAAGUUGUUUCAAACGCACAGUUGUCAUGGAAACAGAUCUAAGAUACUCUUUCCCCCUCUGAAAGUGCUCAUUGCUUAUCAUUACUGAAAGCCCAAUCAAUGGAGAUGUCAUUAACAGUGAAAUAAAAAAAGUACUUAAUGUCGCCUACAUCAAAGUCAGAUACAUUGAGAAGUAAAUUAAAGCUCCUGAUGGAUUUAGAUAAUUGGAUGGAUGACUUUGUUUAUGCACUUAUAAAAAGCAGCAUGCUGUUGGAAAUCAGCAGGGGUCAAGUGUGGCUUGGAUAGAGAAAUUAGCUGUGCAGUUUUUAAUUUUGAUUGGUCAUGAUUUGCCCGUGGGUGUGUGACAGCAUGCAUGGGCAGUUGGUACAGGACUGGUGGUUAUACAGUAUAUUAUGUGAGUGAUAAUAUUGCAUGCUUCCCACACAGUUGCCCCUGGCAUGUACGUGUGUGUGUGUCUGUGUGUGUGUGUGUUAGCGGAAGGUGAAAGGUAAACAGAAUAGACCGAGAGAGGAAAGGAAGAUAGGAAGAAAGAGGGGAGUGUGGAAGCGAGAGAAACCACUCCAGGUCCCAGUCGGGAACCAAGCAGCCCCACCCCUUCUAAACAUCUCUCUUCCUAUUUCUCUCUCUCUCUUUUAUUCUCCUUGCUGCUGGAAACAGAGAGAGGCAGCGAGAGAGGGAGAGACUGAAGCGCAGGGCAUCAGAGCACUGCUGCUCCCUGCCUAAACUGAGCUGCUGUCCACCUGUGCGGGAUAAUCUCCGUCCAACCAGCAGCCAGGAGACACUACAACAUCCACCGUUUGCCAGGCAGAUUACUUGAGGGUGAACCGCCGUUUGGUGGAGGAAUACGAGGGACUAAGUUGCCAUUACAGCCUCGUUUUUUUGUUUUGUUUUUUUCCGCGUGCUGCUUGUCAGCUCCUGCCAAACGUUCAGUUUGUAGGCACUGCAGCUUUUAGACUACUUUAUUCAGUGGCGCUUAGCUGUUUCUUGGCCACUCUCUCUCUUUUCUUUCCAUAACGGUCUGUGUUUUUGGUGAUUGUCCACACAUUUCCGCCUGCAUUUGGAAACUAAAGCUUCCGUUUGAAUUCUUUCUGCUUGCUCGCUGGCUCAAUGUUGGAGUUGUCCGAUGAGAGCGAAGCGCCUUCGCUAAGCUUGCACAUAUAGAAAGGCGGACCUAUUGCGCGCCGCACCGCUCCUUCACGCGCACAUGGGCUCAGACGCGCACGCUCGCACGCACGUGCACACACGGCUGCAACUCCAGACAUGCAGCUGGUUCCCCUGUGUGUGCACACCUUAGCUUCUGAGUGCCGUUAAACUCCAGAGCUUAGCACAGAUAAGCGUUUAGCUUUCACCCAUCCAUCCUUGCCAAGUUCUUUCUGAUAUGCACAAGGGGGACACCCACUAAAGGAAACCAUCGCAGAAACCAUCUAAAAGAUGAGAGAAAUUGGCCUCAGCGGAUUUCCCGUCGGUCACCGGAUUUGUGAGUGCAGGGUCGGGGCGGAGGGCACCGGGGAGAGAGGACAGGGAGAGGCCGGGGAGGAGGAGCUCUCAUCCGGACUGCCCGCCGCGGAACAGCCGCUGCUGCCGUGCUCAAGAAGCAGGCUGCUGCUGCCAGGGGGAGGCGGGGGGAGGAUGAAGAGUGCCUCAGUCUGAAAUUAUAACACUCAGCUGGCUUUGGGAGUGUUUGUUUUCUUGCAUUUUACCUCUCACUAAUUAGUCUGAAGAUGCGAGAUAACGAACAGUGGCCUACUUAAUAACUGUCAUCCGUUCUCUCACCGGUGUGGCACUUUUGGGUCAGCUUAAAGGUAAAUUCAGCACUUUGGUGAAGUGAAGGCCUGCAGUUGUGAAUUUACCUGUGCAGUGGCUUUUGAAAGGACAUCCUCCCACUUUACUAAUUUCAACUUUGUGAUUUUCUUUUCGUAUUAGUUUAAGGUGUUUGUAGUAAUAUAAGUCAGACCUAUACAGAAUAUCCUAUUAUCAUUAUAAAGGGACGUCUAGUGUGUCUGUGAUACUCAGUAGUGGGUUUAUAGUCGCUAUAUUGGACUUAAUGGUCAUUUCUAUCUCUUCAAUAUUACUAGGAUACAGUAUUUCUUUAGAAUAGCCAAUAUAAAUACAUAGUUUAUAAUUUUCUGUGAUAAUUAAAUAGUAUUGUAUUUAUAUUUAUUACAAGAUCACUAAAAUUCCUUUUGUACUCCCAUAUAUGUAGAUACCUUGAAGGAGCCCUGUUUCCAGGUGCCUUGAUAGUGGAGGUUGGCAAUUCAUCAUUUACUAACCUACCGAACUGUCUGAAUUAUCAGAAGUCAUGAUAUGAUUUAAAGCCAACAUGGUAGUGUUUUUGCUGUAUUGGGCUUUUGUAGUGCAAUUUCAAGUUCUCUUGCUUCGUUUUAGUUCGAGUCCUCUUGAUUCCUUUUUUCCUAGGCUGAUUUGAGCACUGACUUUUUUAGCAAUACUCCUCUGUCUGGAACUCGACCACAGCCUUAUAAACCCACCAGAAGAUGGUCACCUGCUUAUCAAACAGUAUGACAAGCACAUGUGUGUCCUAACACUCAGUGGCAGAUGCUGUUUGCAGAUACACCAACACGCUCAGUUAUUUAUAGACAUUAAUAUCACUGUGUGCUUUUGGAGUAUCAGUUCAGAACAAGUGCCGAUGCUCGACGGAAUGUAACCCAAUCUACGGAGCUUCAGAAGUUUCAGUCAGACGCAGAGACUUGGAGGAAUACAGGCUGAACUCAUCUUUAAUAGCAGCUGGCAGCAGCUGACUGUGGGGGUCACAGACUGUACACUGGAAGUGCAGAGACACUGUCUUUAGAAGUUUGGACACAAAGCACAAGAGCCCCACCUGAUCUAGAUCAUCGCGCCCGGCGGAAGAGCAUAGCCACCGGGAAGCAGCCCAGCAUGGAGGUCCCUCCCACUGCCCCCCUUCAACCCUUCCGACAAUCCAGUUUCCUCAGUAGAAGGUUGAAGGGCUCAAUCAAGAGGGCCAAGAGUCAGCCCAAACUGGACCGAACUAGCAGUUUCCGCCACAUGAUCCUCCCCCGCUUCCGCAGUGCCGACCAAGACAGGACCCGUUUGAUGCAGAGCUUCAAAGAGUCCCACUCCCAUGAGUCCCUGCUUUCUCCCAGCAGUGCCGCUGAGGCCCUGGACCUCACUCUGGACGAGGACGCUAUCAUCAAACCUGUGCACUCGAGCAUCCUGGGACAGGAGUACUGCUUUGAGGUGACUACGGCAUCGGGAACCAAGUGCUUUGCGUGUCGCUCAGCUGCAGAGAGAGACAAAUGGAUCGAGAACCUGCAGAGAGCUGUCAAGCCCAACAAGGACAACAGCCGGAGGGUGGACAAUGUGCUCAAACUGUGGAUCAUAGAGGCCCGCGAGCUUCCAGCAAAGAAACGAUACUACUGCGAACUAUGUUUGGACGACAUGCUGUAUGCACGCACCACCAGCAAGCCCCGCACCGACACCGUUUUCUGGGGCGAGCACUUUGAAUUCAACAACCUGCCAGCUGUCCGCAACCUACGCCUUCAUCUAUACAAGGAGACAGACAAGAAGAGACGCAAGGAAAAGAGCACAUACUUAGGACUCGUAAGCAUCCCCAUCUCAAGCAUCACUGGACGUCAGUUUGUGGAGCAGUGGUACCCGGUCAUCCAGCCCAGCGUUCUCACCAAGGGAGCUGGUGUCGGAGGAGGGAAGAUCAUCAAUGCAUCUCUACGCCUCAAAUCCCGCUUUCAGACCAUGAACAUCCUGCCCAUGGAGCUGUAUAAGGAGUUUGCAGAGUAUGUCACUAAUAACUACCGCACCCUGUGUGCUGUGCUGGAGCCUGUGCUGAGUGUCAAGAGCAAAGAGGAAGUGGCCUGUGCUCUGGUGCAUAUACUUCAGAGCACAGGGAAAGCUAAGGAUUUUCUAUCGGACAUGGCAAUGUGUGAGGUAGACAGAUUCAUCGACCGAGAACACCUUAUCUUCAGAGAGAACACUCUGGCCACCAAAGCCAUAGAAGAGUACCUCAAACUGAUUGGACAUAAGUACCUCAAGGAUGCUAUAGGGGAGUUCAUAAGGGCCUUGUAUGAGUCAGAAGAAAAUUGUGAAGUUGACCCCAUGAGAAUACCACCCUCUGUAUUACCAGACCACCAAGCCAAUCUUCGAAUGUGCUGUGAAUUGGCACUCUGCAAGAUUGUUAAUUCCCAUUGUGUGUUCCCUCGAGAGCUGAAGGAAGUCUUUGCCUCCUGGCGAGUGCGCUGUGCUGAGAGGGGUCGAGAAGACAUCGCUGACCGCCUCAUCAGCGGUUCUCUUUUCCUGCGCUUCCUGUGUCCUGCUAUCAUGUCGCCAUCGCUUUUCAACCUCACCCAGGAGUAUCCAGAUGAGCAGACAUCACGCACACUCACCCUCAUCGCUAAAGUAGUGCAAAACCUGGCUAACUUCUCCAAGUUUGGAAGCAAAGAGGAGUACAUGUGUUUCAUGAAUGAGUUUUUAGAAAUGGAGUGGGGCUCCAUGCAGCAGUUCCUCUACGAGAUCUCCAACCUGGACAGUGUCAGCAAUGCAGGCGCUUUUGAGGGCUACAUCGACCUGGGCAGGGAGCUGUCUAUACUGCACAGUCUCCUCUGGGAGGUCAUGGCUCAACUCAGCAAGGAUGCCAUCAUCAAACUGGGUCCUUUGCCUCGUCUCCUGAAUGACAUCAGCAUGGCCUUGCGUAACCCACACCUCCAGAGGCAGCCCAGCCAUCAGACAGACAGAGAGCCCGGGAGACAGUCGGACAGGCUGCUGUCACGGCCCAGCUUCAACAGGGGCAUCUCUUCUGAGUUCCAAAAUCUCAUGAUGAGGGAUCUUAAUAGCUCUAUAGAUAUCACCCGUUUGCCUUCCCCUACAUCCACCGGAGGGGUCAUGCCAUCUCGUACCCAGAUGAGUUUUCAGGACCGUGACCAUCCUCAUCGAGCAUCCUCCAAAGACAUGUUUUACGUAUCACGCCCUCCCCUGGCCCGAUCCAGCCCAGCGUACUGCACGAGCAGCUCGGAUAUCACAGAACCUGAUCCUAAGCGGUAUUUCCUGGGAAAUACUUUGAUGCAUUCCGAUAACCAGGCAGGCCUCGCGGUGCUCAGUGUCAAUAAAAGCGUAUCUAUGAUGGACCUCCAGGAUUCCCGAAUGAACAGCGUGUCUAACCUGCAGUCGGUGGACAUGCUCAACUCCUCCCAGGCCUCCAUCGCCGGUAUGGGCAGCUUCGGCGGGCUGAGCAGCGGAGGCGGUGGCGGCCUGGGGUCGGGCCUGAGCAGCCAGCUGCGGGCCGGUGGGAGGUUGUCAGCUGGCUCUGGCGGCUCCAGCAUGUCCGGUGGCCUCCGGCUGAGCCAGCUGAGCCAGAUGGGCACCACCACCGACUCGCUAUCCCAGCAGCAGCAACAGCAGGCCGCCGCCAUGCGCUACCCGCUUUCCUUCCAGAAUCCCCUCUUUCAUCUGGCGACUGCUGAUGGGCCUCAACAGCAACAGCUCCAUCACCAGCACAGCCGGGCUCAACCCCCCGCACCCCUUCUCCUGGCCCCAGAGCCCGAACCCUCUCACCAGUCCUACAUCCCACAGUUCGCCCAUGGAGGGUUCUCUCGCAGUGAGGAUCUGUCCACCCUCAGGACCAGGGACGGUCACCUGGGACAACCCAGCAUCAUCCACUCACAUAGCUACAGUGACGACUACAGCAGGGCUGACUAUGGACGCAGGCAGAUGUCCAUGCAUAUGCAGGAUAAUCUCCAACAGCAACAAAUGAUGGGCAUGGCCUCCCAGACGGGAACCUCCCAUUCCUCCCUGGCCACCACGCCUCCCUCCACAGUCCAACCUAUGCGGCAGAGUUCUGUUGCUCCGCCUCCCACCCAGCGUGUCAAAUCCCAGACCUCCCAUCAGCUGUCCGUCAGUGCAGCUGCUGCACCCUCUGCUCCUGCAAAAACUAGGCCGCAAAGCGGAAACCUUCUCCAGUCGCCAGAAUCCGGCUACGGCAGGCAGCAUGGGCCCCGGCAGCUCUCCGUCAAAGACAACACUGCCCCGGGCCUGCCCCACCAGCAGAGCUCUGUCAGGGAAAGCCAGAGUCCACAGGGAACCACCAGUCAGAGCACUCAACAGUCACCACAGCAGCAGCCUCAGCAACAGCAGCACCUGCUCAAACCCACUAUGAGCAAACAGGGUUCCCAGUCUCCAUCUACCCUCAAUCCCCCAACGCCAGCCAAUGAGCGGACGGUGGCCUGGGUCUCCAACAUGCCUCAUCUGUCCGCUGACAUUGAAAGUUCUCGGAUUGACCGUGAGGAAUUCAAACUUAAGGAGUACUCAAAAAGCAUGGAUGAGUCACGCAUGGAUAGGGUACGGGAGUACGAGGAGGAGAUCAACUCCCUGAAGGAGCGCUUGAUGAUGUCCCACAAAAAGCUGGAGGAGUAUGAACGGAGGCUCCUCACGCAGGAGCAGCAGACCAAUAAGAUCCUCCUACAGUACCAGAAUCGUCUCGAGGACAGUGAGAGGAGGCUACGGCAGCAGCAAGUGGAGAAAGACUCCCAAAUUAAAGGAAUAAUUAGCAGACUCAUGGCUGUGGAGGAUGAGAUAAGAGGAGGAGCCAUCCUUGAGCCAAAAACCAGGAUUUUCGCUGAUCAGGAGGACCAGCUUUCCUCCCUGGGUUCUGCAGACCCCGGUGUGAAAACUGAAGGUGGAGGGGGAGGUGGAGGAGGUGGAGCAGUAACCAACGAUCAAGGCCUCAGAGUCUCUUCCUCGGGCAUUUCCUCUGUCAGCUCGCCCCACAAUGGAGUCCUCCCUCAAACCAUAGAUCCUCCCUCUCUACCCGCUCCUCAUCAACAUCCUAGUCAGAAUGGAGAGCUCCGUGGCAGCCAAACAUCUUCCCCAAUGACAACCUCACAGACAACUGGAACUACAGCAGCAGCAACUACAGGCAUAGCAGAAGAAGGGGGAGUAGGUCAAACACAGCACUGAGCCAAAUCAGAGAGAGAUGACCCAAAGGAAAACACCACCCCUGCCCUUUCCCCAUUUAGCAAGACAGUUCUUUGAAAAGAAAUCACCUUUUAUGUUCUUAUUGCCCAGGCAAGAGAGAGAAGAAAAGCGAGCAGGAGACGAGUAGUAAUCAUACAGCUACUGUACAGUGCUUAACACAUUAACACACAACAUAAAGGGCUCUUCAAUGGACAUUUGUUCUCUUGAUGCUCACAUGGAGCUUCAGAUAGUAUCAGUCUUGCAGGACAAGACAAUGAUACCUUACGUACUUUGAAUCUGUCAAACAAAGCAUUAACAUGCAUACCAAGAUAUGUGAAUAUGUGCUCCGUGCACUCAUCGCCUGUCUUUGAUUCCACUAGAAACAAACAUGUAAGGAUCAAGAACUAUAGAAUGUCUUGCACCCCAAAGACUUCAUAGUAGCCAUUAGCAAAGAAGUGCUAGAAGCUAGAAGCUAGCUUACAGUAACCCUUGACUCCCAUGGAUGUAGAUGCAUUAAUAUAUCCUGAACACGCCAGGCUACAGUUUGUUUUAGUAGGAAUGUGGCAGUGUGGUCUGGCUUUCAUAGUGCCUUUGAGUGUUUUUCCAACAGGGUUUUACAAUACAGUUAACAGACGGCGAUCAAGUUGGCUUUGCAAGUAAGGGAAACAAUAUAUGGGCCGAAAACAGAGAUUCAAAGACACAAGAUCAAGCAUCGUAGCGGUUUGAGUGAUGAGAGACAUUUCUGGGAACUUCUUUCUUCUUUUCAAUCUAAGGGACGUCUUGUUUUUGGACUGAGCUCGUGCAGUUUUUCUCUUCUCAAUCUCAGAACCGAUUUGUGAUAAACUGGUGCUAAACAGAAACAAAUGGUGCCAUUUUCCAAGUCAGCUGUCUGUGUCUGCCAUAGCACUGCCUCUUUCAUGGUUCACUCACUGUCUUUUCUCUCUCUCUCUUCUGCAGUUUGUCUUUGACAGGACUUUUUUUUCCCCUCCCAAUAUGUUCCGUGUGCGUCCGUCUUUGUUCUUUGUGCAUCAUGCUGUGUUAUGCUUAAACGGGGGUGUUGGGGUUUCCAUAUCUGUUUUUGUUUUUUUUGCACUCCUCCAAUCUCUGACUUUAAUCACAUUUAAUAAAAGCAGCUCCCAGGCUCAGAAUUGAUGGAUCAACUAUUGCACUUUUGCCUCCAAAGGCUAUCUGUAGUUUACAACUAGCACUAGUAAUUUUAAUACUUUGAAAGACAGGGAUGAAUGAAGUGUAUUCAGUGUUUGUUUGUUUUUCUUUCACUUAAAUUAUGUUGAUUCUUUGUGUUUUUCUAGAAGAUGAUUAUUUUGCUUAUUUCAGACACAGCCUUUAAUAAUUUAUCUUGCAAUUUUCACCAAAACAAAUAAAUAGUAAAAACAGGUUUGUAGUUGGUUUGAGCAUACACUACAUUUUACCCCAUUUUUACUUUCAAAUUUGCCAAACACAAAGAGGAUUUUGUUUCCUUACAAAUAUCUGUGAAAAGACCAUUUCUAGGUUUGCUAAGCCUGCCGUUAAGUGCCUGGGAUAGAUGCAUUGAGUAUCCUUUGGCCAGUAGACUAGCUAGUCAUCAACCAAAUGCACCUUAUAAAGCCUUGCGUAACACAAUAAAAUAAAUUAUAUCCCUGAUUCUACAAAUUAUUAUAUAUUAUAUUAUCUUAUAUAUUACUGUGUGUAGUUUGCUUAACUUGAGGUUUCUUUUUUUAAAUGAAAAGAGACCUGUUGUUGAAAACAAAGCAAAAAAAAAUAAAAAUUUAGAGAAUUGUUUGAUGUACUUUGCAAAUGAACUCAUGAUUUGAUUUCUCAUGUGUCCAAUGCUGAAAACACAUCUUUGAAAUGUUUGCAACAUGUAUCCAUAUUCCUUCAUUUUGUGUAUGAACUGUCUGCUGUAAGGUUUGUCUCGAUGUGAAUUUGUUUUUGUCUUUGUAGCCUCACACACCGGUGUCGCUCUGCAACAACUUGGCUUGUUUUAAAGUUCAAGAAGUGUUUCACAUCAGCCAUUUUUCACUUUAGACAGACCACAACAUUUUUGUUUUUGCCGUGUCAAAGGUCAAAAUGGCCUGCAGUGGUUAAGCUUAGAUUAGACUUCUAAUGAUAGUGAAUGUUGAACCACCAAAUGUUUAUAAUGCUAGCAGUCUUAUGCAGGGAAAGAUUGUCUAUUUAGGGCUACUUCUUUCUUGUGAAUUUACUUGUGUGGUGAAUGUUGGAUUCAAAGCGGGCUAGGUUAUGAACAUCAGUGUCUUUUCUGAGACGUGAUAUGAUCCGUGAUUGAGAAAUUAACAUUGCUGUGAAAAUACCUCAGUGACUCAGGUAAACAAGCAGUUGCCUCAGAGCUGAACACAAAAACUAUAGAAAAUAAAAAGAGACGAGUCCAGCUUUGGAAAGACUGCCACCAUGCAGAUACUCGGUCAAUAGCUAUGCUUUAAUAGCACCUGAUCAAGCACCCUCCCCCGUUUCUUCUCUCUCUCUGUCUCCCUUUUUUCUCCCCCAGCCACUCUCAAAGCUUCAUCGAGGACAAUGUGGAACCUAAUUGGCUGAUGCACCAUCGGCAGUCUGCAGGGUGGCAUGGCCAAAUGUCCAGAGCCCUCUCUCGUGACGCGAUUGGCUGA